AGGCGUGUUGUGAGGUUGUCUUGGCAACGAAGACAGGGCUUGUCGUUCGACACUGUCCAACUGGCUGCGAGCAGUGUUGCUGCAGUAUCUCACGAAACUGACUGCUGGAACAAGCUGGUGCAUCAAAGAUGGCUUGACAACACACACACUAAGUUGCGUAAUUCUCGAAUCGUUUAUGUCAAGAAGUUUUGGUCUAUCUUUUAAUCGGACAACUUUGGAGAUGGGUAACUGCAAAGGCAAGGGCAGCGAUUCAUUUAACAAGCAAAAUAGCUCGGCCUUCGAUCGAGUUACGUCCCGCACUUCCACCGAUGACGAUUGCCUGCUCUACCAGUUGGCCGACUAUCAGAAAGGUGGUGACCUCAUCAGGUACUUCACCAAAGAAGGACCCCGUGCCACCGAAGAACUUCUCAAAGAGCAGAUUCCAAUGCUCCUCUAUCGCAAAGGAGAGGGGCAAAUGGUCAGAAGAUCGGACUAUCUCAAAUGGAAAUAUCGUAAAAAACGACACAUGGCAGUGGCCGUCAAUGAAGAUGUUCCCGGCUGGGCAGAUCAUUAUGCCUGUUGGAAUUUUGACUAUCGCGGAUCGUUAGGUGAAUCCCUCUUGCACGUUCUCAUCGUUUGCAACACAUCCGUCCACACCAAAUUGGCCAAAUUGCUCAUCGUAUUGUUCCCCAAUCUGGCGCUGGACGUCGUCGAGGGAAACGAGUUCAGAGGAGCUAGUGCCCUUCACCUGGCCAUCGCCUACGACAGCUUGGAAGUCAUCAAACUGCUAGUAGAAGCUGGUGCAGUAGUCGAUCAACGAGCCGUGGGGACGUUCUUCUUGCCUCGCGACCAGCAGAGGGCACGACCUAGCCGAGUCACCGAUUACGAAGGUUUGGCUUAUUUCGGUGAAUAUCCGAUAUCGUGGGCUGCUUGUUGUAAUAACGAGGCCGCCUACAAUCUGCUGAUUGAUCGUGGGGCCGAUCCCAACAGCCAAGACACCUUUGGUAACAUGGUUCUCCACAUGGUAGUCGUUUGCAACAAACUGGAAAUGUACGGCUAUGCUCUGAGACAUCCGCGUAUCCAGGCUAAAAUGGGCAUCGCCAACAAAGCAGGACUCACUCCGCUGACGCUUUCCUGCCACCUGGGCCGUGCCACAAUUUUUCGUGAGAUGCUCGAACUGACUGCCAAAGAGUUUUGGCGCUACUCCAACAUUACCUGCUCGGCUUACCCCCUGAACGCUCUCGAUACUAUCCUUCCGGAUGGACGAUGCAACAUGACUUCCGCUCUGAUGAUCAUCCUUAAUGGAACGAAAGAGGAACACUUGGACAUGUUGGAUGGUGGCAUCAUUCAACGAUUGCUGGAAGAAAAAUGGAAAACAUUCGCUCAGAGACAAUUUCUCAAGCGACUUGGUAUCCUCUUCUUCCACUUGUUUGCACUCAGCGCUGCAGUAUACACGCGGCCUAGGCGAGACAGACCUUUAAUUCCGCACGACUAUGACGACCUCAGCGGCAUGGAUAUCGCUCGUUUCUGCUUCGAGAUUGUCACGUGUCUCAGCUGCAUCGGUUACGUGGUCAUUCAGCAAAUUUCUGAACUUAAAAAUGUCGGCCUAAAAGGAUUUCUUUACCAGCUGUCCAACAAUCCUGCAAAGGCCAUCUUUCUGGCAUCCAAUUUCUUGACGUUGGCCUGCAUUCCUUGCCGACUGCUGGGCAACAGAGACGCCGAAGAAGCCAUUUUGAUCUUUGCUUUGCCGUCCGCCUGGUUCUUUCUCAUGUUCUUUGCCGGUGCUAUUCGAUUGACUGGUCCAUUCGUUACCAUGAUUUACAGCAUGAUCACAGGUGACAUGCUCACCUUUGCGAUCAUUUAUUCCAUCAUGUUGCUGGCCUUCUCGCAGGCGUUCUUCUUCUUGCAUCGAGGACAUCCCGACAAGACUCUAUUCAGCAAUUUCUUUUCUACCUGGAUGGGCCUGUUUCAUUGGACUCUAGGCGACUAUAACUAUAACUCGCUGCAAGACACAGUUUACCCUGCUGUCACGACGAUCGUCUUCGUCAUUUUCAUGAUCAUGGUGCCCAUCCUGCUGUUGAACAUGUUGAUCGCUAUGAUGGGAAACACCUACGCUCUAGUCAUUCAACAGAGUGAGAAAGAAUGGGUGAAACAGUGGGCCAAGAUCGUCAUCGCUCUCGAGCGAGCGGUCAACCAGAUGCAUUGCAAAGAAUAUUUGUUGACGUACAGCAUCAAAGUGUCGGGUGGAAGUGACGGAACCGAUGGAUCGCCGCCUCAAGAAGAAGUGCGAGGCGUUAUGGUCAUCAAGAGUAAAAACAAAACAAGGGCGAGACAGAGGAAAGGUGCACUCAAUAACUGGAAGAGAGUUGGCAAACGGACGAUCAAAGAGCUGAAACGUCGGGGUAUCACGGGCGAUCAAUUGCGUCGCCAAAUUUGGGAGCCCCGCACACCGUCUACCACGUCCAUCAAUGCCAGCCCGUGCGUCACUCCUAUACCUUGUCCAUCAUCGGCGGCCAUGCUUUUGAUGGAUAGCAUGAAUGGUGGCUCCGGUGUUGCCAUUGGAGGGGCGGGGGUCGACUCUUUCGCCUUUGGUGCUGCAUUCAACGACUUGUCCGGUUUCUCCGGAGGUGGUGGCCAUCUGCAGAACAACGCCCCUAAUCCCGCACCGGUCAAUCAGGAGGUAUUGAAUGCGGCUCUCCUCAGCAAGCUGUCAAUGAACUUGCCUUUCGAAGACAUUUUCGAGUCAACUUGUACAGCACCUGUGGCCGCUGAACCUCCGGUAGCCGCUAUGACAGCUGUAGCUCCUGUGACACCUAUGGCUGUUACAGCGUCGGAUGUAGCACCGAUGGUCGUUGUGGCUCCGGCUGUGGCACCGACGGCCGUUGUAUCGCCAACCGUAGCAUCGAUGGCCGUUGAAGCACCACCGAUGGAGCCCAUGGAUACUGUGACGGCAGGGACUGCAAUGGCGUCACCGAUUCCUACCGAUCCAAUACCACCCGCCACUACGGAAAUGGAUCCAUUGAGCCCGCCGUUGGUUACGCACAUUCCUCCUACGCCAACAGCGACGACGACGACUUCGAUAUUUCCACCACUCCCACCCUUCCCACUCGAUUGCGGUCCGUCUUUUACCGAUCAACUGGAUAAUUCAUCGCAAUUGUCUGAUAUUGAAAAUGAAAUUAUUGCUCAAACUUUGUUGAGUGGGAAUGUCAAGCAUAGAAAAACGGCCGACUCGCAUCCCAAGGAUUCCCUUCCGCCCUUGUUUCGGGCCCGUCUUCUGGAUACUCCGAAUCAAUCACUCGAAGGAGAGCUUAUCUUUGCUGGAUCGACCGAAAGCGCCAUUUCUAUUUGUAGCACUCCGGCUGAUACGAUGGUGCCCAUGAUGACACCAGUUAACUUCACCACUGAGUCUAGACGACGUAGUAGUCCGAGUGUAAUUCAGAGAGCUGAGAGCAUCGAUGUGGUUGGAAUACGCCAACAGUUCAAUGAACACAAGAGCCCAUCCAUCAUCGAUCAUCAGCCAACGAUUAUUAUCAACACUGAAUUGAAACGGGAAAAACUGCCUCCGCUCGUCGUAGAUGAUAAAUUAUUAGCCGCUGUUCAUCGCGAUCCAUCCGUCUCCAAACAUCAAAACAAACGUUCGAAACAGCGUCAUCAUCGGAGACAUCACCAAUUCAUUCGGAGUAACGUUGUCGCACCCAUGGAGUAUUUUCCCGAGCCGGAAACACAGCAGACAACAGAAGUCUAUCAGCUAGAAGAAUCCACUUUGGAAUCAUCCCAGCCGGAUCUUGCUCCGGAAGAGGUUGAAGAAUCACCAAGAUCUGAGCCCGAUCAGGUCAUCUCGGUUGUUGAAGCAAUUCCUAAUCUCCAUGCUCGUUCGUUAUUGGCGCGCUCCAUCACAGUCACUCAGGAAGAAAAUGAACAUCGCAAGAGGAUCCAGAAGCUGAAGAGUUCCAGCAGCAUUCCAGUCGACCAUCGAGUACAUUUGACAGACAACGAGUCUCUGGCCAGCAGCUCCAGCGGUGUUGACGAGAGUCUUUACACGGCGACACGAGUGAUACCGAAGAAAGAACAGCUUCGCAUGAGUUCGCAGAGUAGCAGCACUAGCAGUGGAUCGCAAACUGUCGCAUCGAUAGCUGCAUCAAGACCAGAAGAGCAACUGUCUAUUAUGGCCUCUGACCCGGUUGUUAUCUUUCAUAUCAGCGGGUCAAGUACGGGAGUCACUGACGACUUAACUGCACCUGGUCGACUUCCAAACAGUCCCAUGUUGAGCACUAAAUUGAUGAUGAGCACCAAUAACAAGAGACCCAUGAAUCGCCACACGGCCAAGAUGGCCACUAUCACUGCUGCUAGCAAAGUUAAAAGGUUCAAUGUGAUGACGGCCUCGAAAGGCAAUCGAAAUCGUUCACCAAUGCGUCGGGAAGUAGUUGAACUAGCACGGACUUCCACUUCGUCGCGGAUAGACCAGGCCAAAGCGGAUCACUUCAGUGCGUCAGCUUCUCCGGCCGUCCUGAAUUUGAAUCAUCUACUGGGGGGCGGUGAGACGGAAUCGCCUAUCCCCGAUGAAAUUAUCGGCGAUCUUUAAACGAAAAACAAACGCACAUCAGUAUGGACUGACGAUUUUAGUAAUCAACAUGCCCGGCUCUAUUCUCUUUUCCAUCUUCACUCAUUCAUUUAAUUGAUAACAUUUGCCCAUCAUCAGUUUUUCCAUUAUAUCUAUUCUCCUGAAUUUGAAGAUCCUUUGAUAUUUUCCACCUCCGUCUUAUAUUUAUUUGAUUUGUAAUUUAACUGAUCGAUCACAGAUGAAGGUCAUUAUUGAAAAUGAGUUCUAGAUCUAUAAAAAUCUUAAAAGUGGGUCAAGUAUUGACGGUGGUAUAGCAUAUAGCAUAAAAUAUCGGAACAUGCAGCCUAUUACUCCCACCUCUUUCUCCUUUUGUAACACACAUACUUCUCUUAUUCAAUCUCGUUGACAUAAUUAUUAUAUUACGGUUAAUUAUACUGCAGUAUAUUCA